AUGGCUGGACGCAAGGCAUUUACCUUCAUCGGUCUCCCCGCGGCGGGUGUCGGCGCAUACUACCUGUACAAUGCCGGUGGAAGCCCAAAGGUUGCCGAGAAGCAGUUCGAAGCUGAUGCUGCGCAACUCUCAUCGAAAGUGAGGAGCGAGCUACCUGGCAAGGAGAAGGAGGCAAAGACCUCGGCCAAGCUAUAUGCCCAAGAAGCCGGCGAGAAGGUUGACAAGGCAGCCGAUGAUGCGAAAGCUGCGACCAACAAGGUUGACGCUAAGCUUGAGAGCUACCGUGCGAGCGCCGAGAAGAAGCUCGAUGAGAGCAGGAGAGAGACAGGCGCGAAGCUGACAUCGGCUGUGGACACAUUCGAUAAGACCGUCGAGAAGAAGGCAUCGGAGACGAAGGGCUGGCUCGGUGGCUGGUUCGGUGGCAAGUAG